AUGACGUACGAUCUCUCCUACCCUGGUCAGCGAUGUAUUAUCGAGUUUCUGGAGGCGAAUAAUCGAAUUCAUCUUGUAUCCAGAAGUCCCGCUCUCCAAAAAGCAGAAAAAUCGAUACCAUUCAAUUUGAACCAUGUUCAAAUCGCUUCGGAUGCUUUGACAUUGAACAAUAUCAGUAUGGUAAUUAUCCCUACAACAGAACAAAUUCCUGAGGACGACUGA